CCCAACUUCUCCAAUCGUCACAGCGGCUCCUCGUUAUCCCUCCAAGCCCUCCACCCGCUUAAUACCGCCACAAUGCCUCAGGAUAUGCCCCCAACGGGGGGCUACGCUCAAGUCCAGUACAAGCGCAACGUCCCUGCCCGCGGCUUCAAGCCCGGUUACUACAUGAUUGGCAUGCACUUGAUCAUGGCCUACGGAUUCUACAAGUACUUCCACGGUGUCCGCGAGCAACGUGAGCUCGCCCGUGAGAAGAUGUGGUCACGUCUGCACCUCACUCCUCUCCUCCAGGCCGAGGAGGACCGCGAUCAGGUCCGUCGGUACUACGCCGACAAGGCACGCGAGAAGGAGCUUCUCGGCACUGAUGCCAAGGUCUACAACUCCGACCGCUUUAUCCGCCCUACUUUCGCCUAUACCCCCUCCAACCUCACUCAAUAG